CACUCCCGGGCGCACGCUCAACCGCCUCGCCCUUUCUCAGUUGCACGAGCACGCUCUCUCCCUCGAUGCUUCGGAGAUCGCUCUCCCGAGCCUUCCCUCUCCUCUCCAAUGGCCUGCUCCAAACCCUUCCUCUCCCCUUCGCUCCCUCGACUCGAUCGCUUAGGUCUUUGUCUUCUCGUACCUCUCCUCAAACCGUAAACCCUUCUCCGUCUCAAGAAGAAGAAUCCCAUGAGAAUCUUCGAGAUUCCUCCCGCCCGGCGGUGUCCAUCUCAAUCGAUCGCUCCGGCUUGCACAAUUCAGCAGAGCACUCGCACAAUCAAUCUUCGGAUUCCGAGCUCGUUAAGCAUCUCAAGAGUAUUAUAAAGUUCCGUGGAGGUCCUAUUUCAGUUGCUGAAUACAUGGAGGAAGUUUUGACAAAUCCUCAUUCAGGUUUCUACAUCAAUCGAGAUGUAUUUGGAGCUGGGGGUGAUUUUAUUACCUCCCCUGAAGUGAGCCAGAUGUUUGGAGAGAUGAUUGGUGUUUGGACUAUGUGCCUCUGGGAACAGAUAGGGCAGCCUGAAAAAGUGAAUUUAAUUGAACUUGGCCCAGGACGUGGGACACUUAUGGCUGAUCUUCUCCGUGGCUCUUCUAAAUUUAUGAAUUUUAAAAAGUCUCUUCACAUUCACAUGGUAGAGUGCAGUCCCACCUUGCAGAAGCUUCAAUACAGUGCUUUAAAAUGUGUGGAUGAAACUAUGAACGAAGAUGGUAGUACUAAAAGGACAAUUAGCAUGUUGUCUGGAUCUCCUGUUUCUUGGCAUUCCACUUUGGAACAGGUUCCAUUAGGAUGUCAAACCAUUAUCAUUGCGCAUGAAUUCUUUGAUGCUUUACCAGUCCAUCAAUUUCAGAAAUCUUCACGUGGUUGGUGUGAAAAAAUGAUAGAUGUGUCAGAAGAUUCUCUCAAUUUUCGCUUUGUUUUAUCUCCAAUGCCCACUCCUGCAACUCUACUAUAUCUGAGAAAGCGUUGUCAGUGGGCUUCUGCUGAGGAGGUAGUGAAGCUUGACCAUAUUGAAGUGUGUCCCAAAGCAAUGGAGCUGACUCAUCAGAUUGCAAAGAGAAUUAGUUCUGAUGGUGGUGGGGCUCUCAUUAUUGAUUAUGGGAAAAAUGGAAUUAUUUCAGACAGUUACAGGUUGGCUAUUCGGAAGCAUAAAUUUGUGAACAUACUAGACAAUCCUGGUUCAGCUGAUCUGAGUGCCUAUGUCGAUUUUGCUUCUAUUAGGCAUUCUGCUGAAGAAGUUUCAGAACAUAUAUCGGUUCAUGGUCCAAUUACUCAAUCCCAGUUCUUAGGUUAUCUUGGUAUCAACCUCCGAGUAGAAGCACUGUUACAGAACUGCACCGAAGAGCAAGCAGAGUCUUUGAGGACAGGCUAUUGGCAACUGGUUGGAGAUGGUGAAGCUCCAUUUUGGGAGGGCCCUGACGAUCAGACACCUAUUGGUAUGGGUAAUCGAUAUUUGGCAAUGGCAAUUGUGAACAAGAAGCAAGGUGUUCCGGUUCCAUUUGAAUGAAAGGCUCAUACUUACCAAUGAAAUGUGGAGGCUUCCCUGCCUGCUGCUUCCAUUCAUAUUCAGCCAAUCUGGCCCAUGGUCAGUGGGAUCAUAUGGUUGCCGUACCUAAUGGCAAAGUAGCUGAAGGCAGUUGUAGGCAUUCACUGGGGUUUCAGUGGAAUGCAAAUGAAAUUAAUGCAGUUGCAUGUACUUCAAUUACCUGUAACCAUAUGUUAGAACAGAAUGAUAAACACGCUGUUUUCCUGGCCCUGAUUAAAUUCGCUAACGGUGGACAAAUAACAUACAAAACAAUUGAACUUGAUUUUUUUUAUGUAACAGGAUGGCAACUGCUUAAGCAUAUUUUGCAACUAGUUA